UACACACCAACGUCACAAAUAAACUAAUUGAGUUGCACAACGCUCUUGGACACCCUGGUAUUACUCGUAUGACUCAUUGGAUCAGAACUAAAAAUUUGCCAUACUCUGUCACUGAUAUAAAAGCGAUUACUUCUGCUUGCAGAAUUUGUGCUGAAAUCAAACCACAAUUUCACAAAACUCAAGGAAAGCUUAUUAAGGCGAUAGCUCCUUUUGAACGACUAAGCAUUGAUUUCAAGGGCCCAUUACCUUCAAAGAGCAAGAAUAAAUACAUCCUCACUAUUAUCGAUGAAUUCUCUAGAUUUCCAUUCGCAUAUCCUUGUCAAGAUUUAUCUGCAGACACUGUAAUCAGAUGCCUUAAAGAUAUUUUUUUUAUGUUCGGCACUCCUCUCUUUGUCCAUUCUGAUAGAGGCUCUGCUUUUGUGUCAGAACGAGUGCAGCAGUUCUUGCUUUCUUUAAACGUGGCAAGCAGUCGGACUACUCCAUAUAAUCCACAAGGUAAUGGACAAGUUGAACGUUUAAACGGGACAUUGUGGAGGACAGUGCAACUUUUCCUAAAAUCUAAGGGCCUGGAAGUGACGGAUUGGGAACAAGUGCUAUCCGAAUCUUUACAUUCUAUACGUUCUUUACUUUGCACGGCCACAAAUUGCACUCCUCACGAACGUUUGUUUUUCCACCCUCGACGAACAAUGAAUGGGCAGUCGAUACCAUCAUGGUUAUCGUCUUCUGGGACCGCUCUCAUGAAAAGGAAUGUUCGUGCUUCAAAGUACGACCCCUUAGUGGAAGAGGUCGAACUUUUACAAACAAAUCCAUCAUAUUCGUAUAUAAGAUUACAAGAUGGUAGAGAGACCACCGUUUCAAACAGACAUUUGGCUCCUUUACCGGAUGGAGAGGAUGAUUCCUGUCAAGAAGAGUCAUCAGACUUAGAUGAAAUAGUUCAGGAAUCUGAAUCUGUUCAGCAGCCUGAACUUGGUCAAGAAACUGGUGUUGCUGAAGAGCCAGAGGCAAACCUAAGCCGGCGUUCCCACAGGGCUCGCAGAAGACCAGGCUAUCUAGAAGAUUUCGUUUGUGAUAAUGACUAAAGUGUACCUGGACAUUGAAAUAUAGCGAGGGAGAAUGAUAUGAACCUCCUCUGUUGCAAAUUGUCUAUGGUACUUUAAGAAUGAUACAAGUGACAUCUUUGUGGAAAAUAUCUUGAUCUUAAAAUAACAGAAAUGUAGCUCAUUUAUUAAGUUGAAUAAAGCCUAGUUUCUGAAGGCCGUAUCUUUUCAUUUGUAACACGUCAUUCCUUUGCACUGAAGUGCGGAAGUUCCUUUGUCACUUUGUGCCGUAUGGAUCUAUAUCCAAAGCCGUAAAACCACUAUGAAAAAAAAAAUCGUCACUUUGUCGUUGUCUAUGCGUGCGUAGCGAAGAAAGUAAACAACACAAUAUUCGUAAAAAUGAAUUCCAAAGUUUACAAGUGCUGUGCAGUACCUCAGUGUAAAAACACAUCAAGAAGAACACCGGACAAAGUUUUUGUACAUGUUCCAACCAAGAAAAUAUUAAGAGAUCAGUGGUUGAAGCUCGCUCGGCUAAAGGAGCCCGACGAUGUCACAUCAAUUUAUUUUUGUGAAGACCACUUUGAUUUGCCGAAUGAUAUAGAAAACUACAUGGAGUAUCAUGUGAUGGGGGGUUUUGUAUCAAAAGUACGUAUGACGCCAGAAUGUAUGCCCCAUAAGUUUAUGUGCCAACCAGACAGGAAACAAACACCUGACUCAUCAAAGCGACCCUAUGUAGCUAACAAACAAAUAAUGAUGAUUCUUGAAGAGGAUGAAAAGGGAUUCAAAGAAAAAAAAGUUAGCGCAGAACAAUCAAGUUUUGAAGAAACUGCAUGCAGUAGUUUAGGAGAGAAUGAAAAUAAAGAUACGACGCUUGAACAAGAGCAUACAUCUAGGAUUGAAUCAGAACCAGUUGACCCUUUGCCUGAGUCUAAUCUUAAGACUGAGUCUGUAGAACCUGAGCCCGAGUUAGAACCUGAUUCCGAGCCUGAGUUAGAACCUGAUUCUGAGCCUGAGUUAGAACCUGACCCUGAAUUAGAGCCUACAUUGGAGCCUAAGUCUGAGCCUGCUUGUGAGCCAAAGUUAAAGUGCACACAAUGCCAGAAAGUUUUAUUAAAGUUCGUGUUCUUGUGCGUGGAGUGCUUGGCGCGCUCGUGCUCGGCGUGCGACGCGCGCGGGCUGCACGCGGCGCACCUCGUGCUGCGCGCGCCCGUAGCCCGCCCUGAGAGCGAGUUGAAGUUGGUGCUGAACAAAAUUCGCGACGCGCUGUGUCUGGACGUUGAGGAAACGUCUCAAACGAACCCGGAUCAACCGGUCGAAGAGUCGCCCCAAGAACCGGAAUAUGAAUCUAUCAAGAUGGAGAUAGAAUCGGAAGAAGACGACCCUUUAUGGCUACUGAACGCGACGGCUCCUGCUAAUACUGAUGCAGAAACCAUUGUUCCUGACAUAGAGCAUCAGAUUCCGCAGUUGCCUUGGCCGGAGCCCGCAGCAGCUGAGGGCAGCGGCCUGCCCUUCGCCGGGCCCCAGUCCGACUCCUCCUGCACGCUCACGGCCAGCUCUCCGUCCGACAGCUCCAGCGACGACGACCAGGCCUGUCCCACCAGGCCCUCCGCGCCCUCCACCAGGCCGCGCUUCAACGACGAAAUGAACCGCUACAUCGUCCGGACCUACUACACGCUGAGCCAAACCGAAAAGAGCCCAUUAAAAAUAUUCACCCUCAUGAAACAAGUGUUCGCUAUCGCAUUCCCACACAUGAAAGUCCACCGAUCGAACCUCCAAUCGCAAUUCUCACAUAUCUUUAUAAAAAAACUGUUCACCGAUGACGAGAUUCAGGCGAUGAGGAAUGAAGUUCGCGGCAACUUCAUAAGUGCUAAUAAUGAAAAAACGAAUGUAGUGAGUGCCAGCAAACUGUUAUCUGGCAAAGGAAGACAGUUGGAACUGUUGACGGUUAGGUCCGGGAUGGUAGUUACAGGCUUGCCAGACAAAACGAGUGAAGUGAACCCGAGGCCUUUUGUGAGAAAGGUUGUAGUACCGAUACCAGUGUCGAGUCAUAAAACCAGUGAGCCGUUUAAAUACCCAAGGGUGAAUAUGCAAGUGCGUACAGUAGUUGGUUCAUCUCAGCAGCAGAUGCCACAGAGUUUGCGUGGCUCUGGGCCUUAUGUGAGAAAAAGAGUAGUACAAAAACGAGUGUCGAUAAAUAAAACUAAAGCAAAAAAGCGAGUGCGUACAGUUGUGAAGGAAUCUAGUGAUCAGAAGUGUUCAGGACAGUUGAGUCCGGCUCCAGGAAUAAGUGAUUCAUUUCCGCAGCAAAGCCAGAGCUUGCGUGGGAGGACGCGCCGGCCGCCGGCGCGGCUACUGACAUGAGUGUAAACGUGUCAGACAUUGCAAUAUAGAGUAGAACUACACUGAACUGUCCUUUAUUUGACACUGACAGGGGGCCACCGUCAAUAGCGGAUCGCUAGUUCCGAUUUUUGCCACGGUGGAAACCAUGUAAACUCUGAUUUUUAAUUCGACGGAAUUUUGACAUUUCAGAAGUGUUGCCAACAUUGAAACAUUCCCACUAAGGAUGGAGAGCAUUUUCACAAAUUAAAAAAUAAUCCUUUCUUGAAUUUAAGGUUUCACUUAAAAAACUAAGGCUUAAAAAUGUACUGAUCAUUUCAAAAUGGUUAUUUGAAUUUUUAUUAUCAUAUUUUACAAGUUACAAAAAAAAUUGGGAAAUUAUUUUUCUAUUACUGGACUCCCUGGCCAAUAAUCCAUGGGUUACAAACCUUUUUUAUGAAAAUCCUUUUGUUAAUAAAAUCUUAGCUUCAUAAAAUAAUCAAUAUAAAAUAAUUUAACAAGAUGCCAAUUUUAUAAUCCAAGUUAAUUAUGCUGACGAUAAUGAUGAUUGAUGAUCAAUACAUAUUUUCGUUUAUGUUAAUAUGUUGUUUUACUGUGUUAAAAACACGUUUUUUUCUAUUUAAUCUCUAAAAUGUACAUAAUAAUUAGUGUACAUUGAAUUCACGAAACAAACAAUACUUCAUUCUUGUAAGUUGUAGUUGAUGAAAUUUCAUUUCAUAUUAUUUAUUAAUAAUUCAAAGCAAAAAAGGCUUAUUACAUCUGAAUUGUCAAAAAAUGACAGCUGUCAGAAUUCCGUCGAAUUAAAAAUCGGACUAUAGUUGAACGAAGAUUUAAUUUAAUUUCUGUCAAUGUCGUCGGUGGGACAUUUCAGUGUAGUUCAUCUAUAGUCCAAAUAGUAAUUUUAGUGUUUGUUGUCAUCUUACUACAUUUGCCUGACAUGUGAUUUUAACAAAAUACUCAUCAGUAUCUCUACUAUACUAGAUACUAUUAACUAUUACAUUACAAAUCUUGUUGAUUAGUGAUGUCUUGUCGCAUGUCUAACGCCCGUAUUCACAAACGAUGCUUGCUUAAGUGAAGCACCAAAUCGAACGCACAGCGAUGAAUAGAGCUCUGUGAUUGGUUCGUGUGUCACCCUGUGCGUCCACGCGCACUGUGCGACUUCAUAGUAAUGUUUGUGAAUACGGACGUAAGUAAUUUGAUGAUAAUGAUGGCUGUAAAAUUAAUUAAUUAAUAUAGUAUUGACUGAUUUAAAAUAUUUUAAGUAUUUGUUUCAAUUAUCUUUGUUUAAUUUAUCUAGGAAUAAUAGCAUCUUAUUAUUAGCAAUACAACCCUUCAAAUGUUUUUUUAUCUUUUGAACAUAAAAUACAUUUCAAUAAUACUAAUAGUUUUUAGGAAACAAAGCCAUUAAAAUGCAGACGCUGUGGCUCACAAGCGCACAAUGAUUAUUUUUGUCAAUUUAUGUCAACGAAAUAUAAAAAUAUUCUGAAUACUAUGUAUUUUUUAAUAUUACAUGUUAUUGCAGUCACUAUGUAUUAUUAUAUCGUGAUUGAAAUAAAAAUAACGAAUAUAAAACAGA